AAAAUGUAAAAACAAAAAACAAGAUCCCUUCAUGUCAAAAAUUCCCAUUUUUUUUUUCACUUAGUAAUAAGCAUGUGGGGUACUUCCGACUCAUACCCUUACUCAUCUAUAAAAUCACAUGCUCUUCUCUUCACAAAAUCACAUGCUCUUCUUUAAAUUCUUCAUAUAAUGCUACACUAGUUAACAAAUUGACAGCAACGUAACCUCCAAAACAAAAAUCUCUCAGAAUAUUUAGAGGUAGAACUGAAAUUCUUGGGAUAUUUCUUUCUGUUCUUCAAAUCCAGAAAUAUAUGGCUACAAAAGGGUUGGUUUUGUAUCUAAUAUCAGCCUUUUCUGUGGCAAUUUCUUCUGUAAUUUUCGUCACUCAUUACCAAGGACGACAAUUUCAUCAAAAUUCCAAUCUUUCGUCGCUUAAUUCUGCACUUUCCGACACCCAGAGAGUGUGGCCUGAAUUGGAAUUUGGAUGGAGAAUUGUGGUUGCAACAAUAAUUGGAUUUCUGGGUUCAGCAUUUGGAACCGUUGGUGGGGUUGGUGGUGGUGGCAUUUUUGUUCCAAUGCUUACAUUAAUUGUUGGGUUUGAUACUAAAUCUGCUGCUGCUCUUUCUAAAUGUAUGAUAAUGGCAGCAUCAGCAUCAUCAGUUUGGUACAAUCUAAGAGUACAACACCCAUCAAAGGAUGUCCCAAUUUUGGACUAUGAAUUGGCACUCCUUUUUCAGCCUAUGCUUAUGCUUGGUAUCACUAUUGGAGUUACUUUGAGUGUUGUUUUUCCUUACUGGCUUAUUACAAUUCUCAUCAUAAUUCUCUUCUUAGGCACGUCAUCAAGAUCGUUCUGUAGGGGGAUCAUUAUGUGGAAAGAGGAGACUCUUUUGAAUAAAGAAUUGGCAAAGCAGAGGGAUACUUUUGUUAACUCUCGUGGUGAACUCCUUAUCGACACAGAAUAUGAGCCUUUAUCCCCUAGGGAAGAAAAAUCGCUCAUGCAAACAAUGUCCGCUAAUCUAAAAUGGAAAAGAUUAUUACUGCUGGCUAUUGUAUGGGUUGCUUUUGUGUUCUUUCAAAUCCUUAAGAAUGAUAUUGCAGCCUGUUCCACGUGGUAUUGGGUGCUUACUCUUGUCCAGUUUCCUGUAGCUUUCGGAGUUUUUGGUUAUGAAGCACUUAAAUUAUAUGAAGAAGGGAAGAAAAGGAAGAUAGCUGGUAACACCGAGUCUGUUUGUGAAGCUUCCAUUGAAUUUACACCCAUCACUCUAUCCUUUUGUGCACUUUGUGGUCUUCUUGGAGGCACUGUUGGUGGUCUUCUUGGAUCUGGAGGCGGGUUCAUCCUGGGCCCACUUCUUCUUGAAAUUGGUGUAAUUCCUCAGGUGGCUAGUGCAACAGCAACUUUUGUGAUGCUCUUCUCGUCGUCCUUGUCUGUGGUGGAGUUCUACUUUCUCCAUAGGUUCCCAUUCACAUUUGCCUUGUACCUCAUGUCGGUUUCUCUUAUGGCUGGCUUCUGGGGACAAUAUUUUGUGAGGAAACUAGUUGCUUUCCUUAAGCGAGCUUCCCUCAUUGUCUUCAUCCUCUCCGGUGUUAUUUUUGCCAGUGCUUUGACAAUGGGAGUGAUUGGGAUUGAGAAGAGCAUUCAGAUGAUAAAUAAUCACGAGUUUAUGGGUUUUCUGGAUUUCUGCUCGAAUCAAUGAUUGUGAACGAGAGUUCAUGGCUGUACAAAUUGGAUUAUUUUAAAGUUAAUCUGAACAGAAAUGCAAAAUUGAAUUAUUAUUAAUUAGUUGGCGUGGUUAGUAUGUAAAGCAAUGCGAAAAUGUUGGUCAAUGUCUUGUUGACGAACUACCCGGAUCAUUGCUGUGAAUCAAUAAGGGUAUUCUUUGUUUGAAUUGAGUGACAGCUACUAGUUGACACUAUUAGCAGUCUUUAGUAUAGCUGAAGUUUGAUUGUAAUUAGCUUCUUUUAUUCAUUCUGAAAAUAGUCAUAUUGACUUAUAGUUUAUCACAUCUUUGCAACCCUCAUUUAUACAGAUUUAGAAUUGUACGAUGAUUCAAGUUUUGAUUUAUGUAUACCUAUAAUACUGAGGUUCAAAAAACCCUCAUUACAUA